AUGAGAGAAUGGUGGAAGAGAAAUUUUAAUGGAAAAGGUACACGUAAUGUACAAGCCACAAAUGAUGGUUUUGGAGCAUCACCAUCAGAUAUGUCAGAAUGUAGACCACGUUAUAACCCUUACUGGUGUUCAAUGUUUUAUACAAUUUUAUUAUUAUAA